AUGUCUGCCUGGCCUCGGCCUGCCGCGACUCCGGGUUUCCAUCGCAGCUGCACGGUCGACACGUCGCAGAAUGACAUCACGGGCACCGAUGUCUUGACUGUUGUCGUAUUGAACGAAUGCAGAAAAAGGCUCCGAGAACUUAUUGCUCGUCUCCAGAGCGUCGAUGUCGCGGGAGGGGUUACCCCAUCAGGUGACAUGAGCUUCACGCAGACAGGCCAUCAAGAGCGCGAUGUACGGCAAACCAUUGACCCGAGCCAUGCCAGGCUGGGCGUCUUCUCACCAUCUCCUAUCGAUGAGCGAGUCACCGCCAGCCGCACGCAUGUGAUCGAGGACAUUUCGGUGGGUGACUACGGGAUGCAAAUACUGAAACUGCCGGUGGGAGAUCUCUGGACGGCAAAGAGGAUCAAUGUCGGCGAGCGGGCGGUGCAGCUGAUUGGGACGUUCUCGGACAUGUCCAUGCAGAAUUGCCUAGAAAGACUGUGA